AUGAAUCAAUCACCAUUCGGAUCGACCAGCAACCCUAACAUCAUCUCGUCAUCAUCAUCGGGCACAAAUUUACCAAUUGUUCCUCCACCAUCGGUUUCAUCACCAACAACACCCAGUGUGCUACCACAGAGAGAUUAUGCUCCAAAUAUUUUGGAUCAAAAUUUGAACAGGCCAAAGAAGGAAGUGAGCGAGACCAUAUUUUCCUUCCUCUUUGCUGAAGUUGUACAGUAUUGUCAAUCCCGAGUGAAUGAUAUGAAUGAGUUACAUGAAAAAUUAAUGCAGCUGGGCAUUCCCAUUGGACAACGAUUAUUGGAAUUAUGUGUAUUGAGAGACAAGAAUUCCAAAAGAGAAAUCAAAGUCAACAACAUGCUCGGUUUUAUUGGAAAUACAUUGUGGAAAACUUUAUACGGACGGGGAGUGAGUACUAUCGAAAGAGCAGCUGCCAGUACACAAACCGAUACUUCCAAUCCACAACUCAAGCCAGUUAUUACUCGAUACAUGAUUUACGAAAAAGAACCGCUGGAGACUAAAUACAUCUCGCCUCCCAGAGACAUGAACGUACAAUGUGCAUACUUUAGUGCUGGAAUCAUAAAAGGGGCUCUUAAUGCAGCUGACUUUAGGGCUGAAGUCCGAGUUGCCAUGACUGAGAAUAGAGACUACACCGUUUUUUUGAUAGAUUUCGAGGAGGAUGUAAUUCGACGAGAAUUAUAA